AUGAUAGUAGAUCGCUGCUUUAAUAUUCAGGAACUUCUUUCAGAACGAAAGGCAAGACUUGUCAUUCCACCAUUUACGAGGAAGUGUAAUCCAGGAAAGUGGAAGCGACCUAACGAAUACGUACUAAAGGCUAGAAGAAUCGCUCGACUUAGAAUUCAUGUUGAGAGAACGGCAGUCGAGUCAAGAGUUCAAGCCCAGUAUCAGAACCUGCCAACUUGUCUUCAGACAGUCGGGUCACGAGUUCUAAUCGAGUGCCAGAACCUGCCAACUUGUCAUCAGACAAUCUGGUCAGGAGUUCCAGUCGAGUGCCAGAACCUGCCAACUUAUCAUCAGACAGUUGGGUCAAGAGUUCCAGUCGAGUGCCAGAACCUGCCAACUUGUCAUCAUACAGUCUGGUCAGAAGUUCCAGUCGAGUGCCAGAACCUGCCAACUUAUCGCCAGACAGCCGGGUCAAGAGUUCUAACCCAGUAUCAGAACCUAUCAUUAGACAGCGGGUUGGCACCCCCUGACAUCCCAACUCAAAGGUCAUGGAAGAACCUAGAAACAACUUCAGUAAAAAAACUAUUUUCUAUUGUGGAAGACAGUGUGAUGACACUAGGCGAAGAAGGAUUUCCAGGGCGUAAUAAAGUGAUUUCCAGAGUGUGCUCUGUGUUGAAAAAACAUGGAAUCGAAUUUGAAAAAGAAUUUCGAGGAAAAAUCAAUAACAUUAUUUCAAGUUUUCGAAAUCUCUCGCAUGAUCUACGCUUGGACUUCAUAUCUCGAAUUCAGCUGUUGGAAGUCGUUGAAUUGAGAGCCGCAGGCUGGGUACACAAGACAUCUUAUUAUAAGGAUAAACUAUCCAAACUUGAAAUCCCAGAUAUGGAUAUUGAGAUGACCAGUAUGGAUACUACUCCUGAAUCAUUGUCCAACGUUGAAAUUAUUAAGCCAAGCCGCUGCAGACUGACAGACGAAUAUUUUGAUGUCGUAGUUGUGAAUAGACGGGAAAUAGGUGCAGAUAAAUGCAGUCCUGAGAGGGAAAUACGAAUCGCAGGUCCUACUGCAGCCAGUGUCCAGGAAGUCAAGUCCGCAGUGGAGAUGUGCAUUUCAAGAAACCUAAAUAGUCCUGGCAUAAGCAGGGAUGAAAAGACAGAUACCGAUGGCAAUAAAAGCAACCAAUCUAAAAUGAAGGUUGGUCAUUGGUUUGACCAAAGUAAACAAGAAAAUGUCCAUAGUUGGCUGCAAGAAGUUGAAACUGAGCUAAGUACCGAGAAACACAAAUUUGUCGCAAAGAAUGAAUCAAAAUCUACAAAUGCAGAGUCGGCUACAUCUCACAACUUCACUCUUGAUGUCAAUGAAACUGAUUUCAUUAAAAGACACAUUCGAAAAGGAGAAGAGGUCAUACAAGACACUGUGUCAAUCAGUACCAAGCAGGCUAAAUCAGUUUUUGGUCUAACAGGUGAAUAUGUAAAGGACAUAAUGGAAAGCAGUGGUGCAUUUGUGAGAUUUCUACCAUCAGAUGGUGGAUUAAUGCAAAGCAUUGAAGUGAAAGGCAACAGAGCGGCUGUUAAUAAAGCCAAGGUGUUGUUGAUUCAAGAAGCCAAGAAAUCUAAGCUGACCAAGGAACCGCAUUCCAGUAUGACACAGGUGAGUCUGCCAUUCCAACUGCCAGAAAAAAGCUUGGAUGUCAAGAGUAGAACAACUGGAUGUGUGACAACACUGGUUGUACCGACCUACAUGGUAGAACGAAUAUUUGAUGAAAAUACAAAUGUGCCUUCAGAUUUAGAAAAAGAUUAUAAAGUGAAGAUUGACAGAGCACCAAGUUCAGACUCACCGGGUCAUUAUGAGGUCAGAAUAUUUGGUCAUUGUAUCAGUCAAGUGAACGGUGCAAAGAAAAUUAUUCAGAUGAAAAUAUUGGCUGCAGAAAAGAUCCUGGAGACGUCAUUCACAGUUCCAAUUCCUCCUGACAGGAUGCAAGACUUUGAAGCUUUGGCAUUAUCCUUACCAACAAAAUACAAAGUUUGUAUUAAGAAGCAUUUCAAAGACAAUGUUGCUAUGGUGACUGUAUCCAAUCCACAAAACUAUAAGAAAAUCAGUGAAGAAGUGAAAAGUGCUUUGUACAUUCUGAAAACAGCUCCUCAGGACUUCCUAUUAGAAGUGCCAUACUUUGUAUUGAAAUACUUAACAAGUGAAGAAAGAUAUGAAAUUGUUAGACACAUAGGCAGGAUAUCUGGUACAGACAUACACUGGUUGAAUCUUGAUUCAGAGGAUGGUGAGUUACCAAUCAGAUUAGGUCUCUGUGAUGAUAAGGAACCUGGUGAGUUACCAAUCAGAUUGGUAUCUGUGAUAAGGAACCUGAUUGGUCUCUGUAUGAAAAGGAACCAGGUGAGUUACCAAUCAGAUUGGUCUCUGUGUGAUAAGGAACCUGGUGAGUUACCAAUCAGAUUGGUCCUGUAUGAUAAGGAACCGGUGAGUUACCAAUCAGAUUGGUAUCUGUAUGAUAAGGAACCGGUUUCAAACCCAAAUGAUGACAUGCCACCAACUUUCGGUUCAUCAAUAAACCUGAAAUCUGGUCAAAGAAUUGAAAAUAUAGAACAUGAUAGCAAUAUUGGCUCGCCUCAUACAGAGAGAUGGAGUAGUUCAGGUCAGCUGACAGGCUCCACCUGCAGUUCGUCUUCUGUGUCAUCACCGACAAGCACAAGUGAUACUAUUCCAGAGCCGGAAGACUGGAGUGAUGAAAUGGAUGACUUUGCUGCUCCUCGUGUGUGGAAAGCACAAUCUUCCCUCCUCAGUUCAAAUCCAUUGAUGGAUGAAGAGAAAAUAGUCAUCCCCAAGAAGAAUAAGAAAAAGAAACCAAAAAAGACAGUCUCGGGAUCUAAGAUUCUGAACACUAUUAAUGAAGAAUGGACAGUAGAAACUGGGAUAGCAACAGACCAUGACAAAAAUAUUCCUAAUAUUACAAAGAAGAAACACAGAACGCCAGUUGAAAUGGUUGGUGCAAGUGAUAGUUUGGCGAUUGAAACGAGAAAUAUAGACUCUGCAGCAAACAAAACAAAACAAAGGAACCUCUCAAAUACAAUAAUAGAAAAAACUAUUUGUGAUAUGCAAAAACAUGACCCGCAAGUCACUGACGUGAGCACUGUUCAUACAGGGGAGGAAGUCUGGGUUGAAGGUAAUGUAACGAUCAAUACAGAAUGCGAUAUGGACAUUUCUGUAGAAAACAAUAUCGAGGGCAAUGUGACAGUUUUUACAGAAUAUCCAAUGGACAUUGUUGAAGAAGACGACUGUACUGGAAAUGAAAACAAAGAACAUUCAGUUGAUUUUGUAGAACAGAGUUUAUGGAAAGCUGAACCAUGCCAAAGUAAAAUACGAUUGGAAAAUAAUCAUUUUCAAAAUAGUGCAGAAGCAAAUACAAUUCAUAUGAGGGGUGCUGGAGAUUGUCUUGAUGUUAAACCGACAAUUUCUCCUAUGGAUAGCCUAGCAUUACAAACACAAAAUAUAAACAUAAACCCUCCAAUCACAUCUGUUAAUUCAUGCAUUGACGAAUCUGAAACUGGUGACAGGAUACCCACUGAUGCGUUGGACUCAUUUGGUGCAGAAAUAUUUACAAAAAGUGAUGAGUUGGAGCUGGAAGAGUACCUUAGAAAGUACGCAAGUAUGCCACUUGACGACAACGACGAUGAUGACUACUUCAGCCAGCAGGAUGCAUUGCUACUGAAUAGCAAUGACAGUAUCUGUCAUCAAGACAAUGUAGUCCAACAAAAUUUCAGUGACCUCACUAACAAUCAAGACAUUCAAGAUAAUUUGUCGACUGGCGAUAACAAGGCUGUUUGUGAUCAAAAAACGAUAAUGCAAGAAAAUGACAUGGACGUCGUCCAACUGGAUGGUGGUGUCAGAGGACGAAGGUGUUUGAAAAAGAAAAUAGCCGAGAAACAAGUUGUACAGGGCAAGGCGAUUGCUGUUAUCAGAGAGCCAUAUGGUCCAACCACCUGUCCAUAUGUGCACAAAGUUACUCUUAGUGCUGACAAAUAUGCUGCUACUAGAAGACAAUUAUUUGCUAUCACAAAUGCUAGUACAAGUGAUGAGUUGCAAAGGCAGUUGGUUCAGUCUUCCAUUUCAUCCAAGAUGGCCGCCGCCUCUGAACAUACAUGUCCAGAUGACAAGAGUUUGUUGAAUGUAAAGGACAUUCCAGACUACAGUGAGAGGCGCAUCACAUAUAGUCGAGACAGGUUGCUAGAGUUAGCCCAGACUCCUUGCAUCUCAGAAUUACCAGAAGUUUUCAAAGACCAGAAAGAAGACUGGCUUCAUAUAAUUGUACCUCAGGGUUGGUUUAAUCCAAAAGACUAUGUAGCAUUCGGUAAACGUUUUCAUAAUAGAGUUUCAGAUAAAUACAAUCAUGAUAACCAGCAUAAAUAG